UUCAGCUGUGAAACCAUCAAGCACAAAAAAAUUCUAUUCACUAAACAUUCUUUGAAUUCCAGGUAUAUCCUUCCAAACGUCUGCAAACCAUGCUGCCGAGCAACCCAGAGCAUGGAAAUAUUACAACGCACCCUUCACUGUCGCCAAAUCUCGCUUCAGGCAUAUCAGUCAUUGUUAUAAAUUUUCUUUUGAGUCUCCUUGGAACACUCGGAAAUCUUCUGGUAUUACUGGUUAUCUCAGUCAACAUUCGCCUCGCUACACCAUCAAACCUUCUUCUCGCAAACUUGGCAUCAGUAGAUUUUAUCUGCAUGGCUUUCGUCGCGCCUGGUUCAAUUUACAAACAAUUUUGCCGUAAACUGGGCUUUUGCCAUUUGUCCGAGAUGACUGUAUUAGCUUUUCGAGGUCUUGGACAGUUCGUUGUCGCUGCCGCCGUCUCGAGUUUAUUUGCAAUCGCCGUGGACCGUUUUUUAGCCAUUUCUUUUCCUUUCAAGUAUACAUCUAUGAUGACAAAACGCCGCACAGUAUAUUGCAUCUGCCUAACUUGGCUAGCUGGGGCAGUAAUAACUUUUGUUUUCAUGGGCCUAAACUUUGUCUACAUUCAAUCAGCCUACUGCAUUUUAUUAAUCUUGGUGACAAUCUCACUGUACAUCCACAUCUUCUUGUUUGCGUUGAAGAAGGAGCGGCAAAUCGCUGCUUUGCAGAUUACAAAUGCAAAAAGGACCACCAAUUUUUUACACGAGCGCAAGUCGACAAAGACAAUGGCAGUUAUUCUGGGUGUCUUUGCUGCCUCUUGGGUUCCGGCAGUGGUGUUUUAUGCAGUUGUUUCGCCAGAGGAUCCAAGAUUUCCCGAUAUUCAAAGUUGGAUAAAUGCAAUAUAUUACUUGAAUGCUACUUUAAAUCCAUUUAUUUAUUGUGUUCGGAGUGUGAACUUUCGUAAGAGGGUAAAACAGCUGGUAAAGUCUACUAUGAUACGGUUUAGUCCUUAAUUGAGGGCCUCUUAACCAGUAGUUUUAUCCCAUACGGUGGCUGCACCCGCAGUAGCUUGGAGCGACAGUCAAAACCGAGCUGUCCUACCGAAAGGACACGAUAAUAGCUCUUUUCAUCGCGGCUAACAAAAAUAAAGACAAUGCUAAAGUUUCUUUGGCCUCUUCUAAUACUUCACGCGAGAAUUCUGGGCUUAAUUUGACGAGGAACAACAUAUUUUGUUCAAAAUAACACAAUUAUCAUCCUACUAGGCGACACUCGAGGAGCCGAGGAGCGAGUACCGGACGCGGUCGACCCAUGUUUGGCGCCAAAUUAAAAGCUUGCAGACACAAAAUGUUUCAUAUUUUUCACUUUUUAAAAUCUGAUUUGGUUUUUGGAAAUAUAAAGCCUUUUUCGCUGAUAUUCAACGCCGUCUCCGGUGAG